UUUGCGAUCUGGUAAUAAGAGAGAGAGAGAGAGAGAGAGGGAGAAAAAUAAAAUUUAGGAAAACAAAUAAUUUAAAUUAGUUCGAAAAUCGAAAUAAUUCAGGGAGAAAUCGAGAGCGUUGGCGAUCUCAAUUCUGAGUUGGGAUCGAGAUCUGAAUAUCAUUGGCGUAAUUCUUCGGUCGAAUUCGCUUCGAAUUGUUCGUGGUUCGUCGGAGUUUGGUUUUUUUUCAGGCGAUCUCUCAAUUUGGCGAGAAGUUCGAGGAAUCUAAGAGGUUUAAGCGAGGAAUCAAAGGUUUUUGGAGUGUCAAUUGGUGAGAGACAACCUAUAGAUCAAUAAACAAGAUUCGUUUUUGUGAUCAGUUAAUGGAAGCCUAAAUAAUUACCUUUGUAGUGAAAAUUGACAAUUUGAAACAUGGUGCUUCACAAGAGAUUGGACUAUGGAUCCAGCGGCUAUCGGGUUCCCCCGAUGCCGCGAGUUCCGAGAUCAGCUAGGGGAAAACGAUCAGUUAGAAAGAAGGUCGACGACAAGAAGCAGAUCAGUGCAUUUGAUCUGCUUGCCACUGUGGCGGGAGAAUUGUUAUCCUCAGAAAGAGAGAAUUCUCCACCUCCAUGUACGAUAUCUGCAGGAGCUAACAUUAAGCAAGAGCAGAAAGACAAUGAGAUUCCAUUCAAAGCUGAAGUCUUUGAUCAGGGGAGCUGCAAUGAAAGUGCAUUGGGAUCUUCGGAAUCUAUGUUUAAGAGGCAGGUUGGUACUCCAAAAUCCUUGGAGAAGAAUGCUGGAGAAUUGGUGGCUGAGGAUGGAAUCAAGACUCCACUCCAAGGUGAAAGGCGAAUAAACGGGAAUUUGAUUGGGAAAAUAAUCCCGGAGAUAUUGGAGGACCCAAUGGAUUUGGAUGCUAAACCACCUCCUGCUUUGGUCAGCUCUGACAGCAGCGUCGAAGUCCCUAUUUCUCGUAAUAGUCCCUUCUAUAAGUGUAGGAAUGGAAUGGACAUUGUAGAUGAUGACGAAAACUCUUCUGGAUGUACUCAUCCAAGUGCUAACAUUGCUAAAGCCUUUAGGCCGCAGCGUAUAGGAGAUAGUAGGAUAAGGAAGCUAUUGGCAUCUAAUUUCUGGAAAGUUCCACUGGCGACAUUGAAGGAUGGGGAGCUCUCAAAUACUGAUGUAGAAUUGAAACCUAGUUUCCGCAGCAGGAAAAUGUGUUAUACCCGACAAAGGACUCAACGAUCUUCGUUCAAGAGGAGGAAGUUGUUUCAGCGUCGAUCAGUGUCUGCAUCUGCUGGGGGCAUUUAUGGGGAAGGUAUUACUAAAUCUCCAAAGUUUGGUGGCAUUAAGAUAGAAGCAUCUGAUGCACUUGCAAGCCUGAAAGGAGCAAAUGGAGCAUCAUCCUCGACUACAGGUUCAAAAUCAUCAUAUGAAUCAGGAGAUUAUCACGUGAAAUUUAGUAUCAAGUCAUUCAAGGUGCCUGAACUCUUUAUCGAGAUUCCUGAAACUGCUACAGUUGGUUCUCUAAAGAGGACAGUUAUGGAAGCUGUGACUGCUAUACUCGCAGGCGGACUCCGAGUCGGUGUUCUUCUUCAAGGGAAGAAAGUUAGAGAUGACAAACAAACUCUCCUCCAGGCAGGAAUAUCUCACAAUGAUAAGAUGGAGAAUUUGGGUUUUACAUUGGAGCCUAAUUCGGCACAAGCUCCACCGACACUUUUAUGCUCAGAAGAUCCAAACUCUCUGCUUCCCCCUAACCCUAACCCUAAUCCUUGUGCUCUUACUGAACCAAUCGAAAGGAUUCAAGCUCCAACUCCUGCUAUAGAGCAAUGGCUACCUGAAACCACAACACCAGAACCACAUCGAACUUCGACCUUGAACAACGGUGUUGAUAGUGAUCACGAGUCAGUUCACUCUCACACUGAAGCGUCAUCUGUAGAUAAACAAGCAAGCUCGAAAGCUCUUGUUCCUGUCCCUGACAUGAACGCUGACCCUCUGGCUGUCGUUCCUCUGCGCAAAUCGAGGCGAGCAGAGCUUGUCCAGCGCAGGAUCCGACGGCCUUUUUCUGUCGCCGAGGUUGAAGCCCUAGUCCAAGCUGUCGAAAAGUUAGGAACCGGAAGGUGGAGAGAUGUCAAAAUCAGAGCUUUCGACAACGCAAAGCACCGAACCUAUGUUGAUCUCAAGGACAAAUGGAAGACUUUGGUGCACACUGCCAGAAUCUCGCCUCAGCAGAGGCGAGGCGAGCCGGUUCCUCAGGAACUCUUGGAUCGGGUUCUCUCGGCCCAUGCUUACUGGUCUCAACAGCAGGCUAAGUUACAGGCCAAGCCCGGUCAGGCUGAGCCUUGCCUGCUCAUCUGAGACCCAAAAACCUAAUCAAGCACUAUUGUACAAAGGAGUACAGAUAAAGGGGGAAGGAGUGGGGUAAGUUAGGAGAUAAUGUGUAAUAUUUGCUCACUGAAGAAUAUUCUUAUGCCAGGGCUUUUUUCUGGCACUUGUACAUGAUGAUGAUGGUAAAUCUGAUCUGAUCUGAUCGAAACGGGGCGAAACUAAGGGUGACUAUAGCUCUCUGAUUGGAUUCAUUCAUUCUUUUGACUUACAUGAAGCCUUUUAUGUUGUUUUAGGAGGGAGAAGGAUAAAAUCAGGGUGGGGGGUAAAAAAAAUGUUGUAGGAGGAAAAUAUGAGGUUCUGUGAUUUGAACCUCUUUUGUCUGUCUGUGAAUUAGGUAUAGGAUAAGAACAGGGGGGGGGAGGUUUGAUUUAAUUUGGUUAACCUCUCUCUCUUUUAUUGGUGUAGCAAGUCAUGUAGACACUUGUUUGUUAACUUUUGUUCCUGAAUUGUCAUUUGUUUAAAAGCAUCAAUAGAUUAGAAUUUGUUGUUUUCUC